AUGAUCCCGGCUUCCCUUCUUCGCCUGCAGCUGGACCACUGGAUGCCCAGUGCUGUGGUGCUGCUGAAGUCAGGACGCCCGCCAGCCGGGCUCCUCUUCGCUGACGCGAACUGGCACUCGGGCAAGGCACUAUAUGGGAAAUGUGGAGUUAUUCCACCAGACUAUAUGUUUUUUCAGGUUGCUUAUAGCAUCUGUACAGACUUUAUGAUGACUUUUUAUCUCAGACACUAGUAUUACUGGAAAGAUGAAAGGCUCUCCUUCCCUAGCACAACAAACAAAAGCAUGACUUUUGAUCAUAAAUUGAUCAAAAAGAUUUGGGUGCCUGAUACCUUUUUUGUCCAUUAAAGAUCCUUCAUCCACAAUAUGACUGUGGAGAACACCAUGCUGUGCAUACACCCUGAUGGCAACGCCCUCUUCAGUCUCAGGGUAACUGUUUCAGCCAUGUGCUUUAUGGAUUCCAGCAGGUUUCCUCUGGGCAGUCAUUGUUCCCUUGAACUGGAAAGCUAUGCCUACAAUGAAGAGGAUCUCAUGCUUUACUGGAGACAUGGAAACAGGUGCUUAAAUACUGAUGAUCAUAUUUCUCUUUCGUUCUUCACUGAGGAGUUCAGUGCAUCCAGUGGAUUUGCCUUCUACAGCAGCACAGGUAAAGUCUUUUAUAACCAAAUUUGGAAACAAGGGACAAAGUGUAGCAAUCAUGAUGGCGUGUCGGUGUUCUACACGAACAAAACCAGAAGCAGGCACUGGAUGCUCACGUCCCUGAGCUUGUCGCUGUUCUCAAAUGGCAGGAAUCACAUGGUGCUGGCCGUGUCCACCAUCGUCCCGGGCGUGAGCGCCUCCACGCCCCAGGUGUCCUACAUCAGGGCCCUGGACGCACCUGGGGGUCAGCUCCCUCGUUGUGUCCCUGUCAGUCAUCGAGUUGGCAGCUGUGAGCUACCUCACCGCAGGCCAGAACGGGAACAGGGAAGGUACUGCCUGGAUGACCAGGUCCCUCUAAGAAUGUGCAGAAGAUCCUCAUCAAAAGCGCCGUCCUGA